CCAAAAUCCAAUCUCUCCUAUUUCAUAAUCGCUGUAUACAUUAUUCCACGGUCGCUUCUCUAUACAGUAUUCCUCAUUGGCGGCAUGUCUUACCCAGGAACCAGUACUCGACUUGGUGGUGGAGCGUUUAACCAUUCCCGCAGCGACAACGCCGAGGAAGAGUACGAUCGCCUCCGCAACCUCGCGCGUCAGGCCCAGAGCAAGCGCCAGCAAUGCUUCGACCGUGCCCAUCAAGCCUACCAGAGCGGCGACGGCAGCGCAGCGCACAAUCUCUCCGAAGAAGGGAAGAGACAUGGCGCGGAUGUUGAGCGAUACAACAAACAGGCGUCAGAGUACAUAUUCCGAGAAAACAAUGCUGAGGGAAGGGUUGCGUCAGAUACAAUUGAUCUACAUGGUCAAUUUGUCGAAGAGGCAGAGGAUAUUUUGGAACAAAGAAUCAAGACGGCCAGGAGUCAGGGCCAGACGCAUCUGCAUGUGAUUGUGGGCAAGGGAAACCACUCCGUUAAUCAUGUCCAAAAGAUCAAGCCACGAGUUGAGCAAGUAUGUCGCGAGCUCGGCCUGCAAUACCAUACCGAGCCUAAUGCAGGCCGCAUCUACGUAAACUUACAAGGUGGCCCUGCGGAGCCUCCUCCUCACAGCGGAUAUGGUGGAGGCCAUCAGCCACCGCAGCAGGGCUAUCCUCAUCACCAGCAGCAGCACGGCGGACAGCAUGGAGGCCAACAUGGUGGCCAACAGCAACACCAGCAACAGCCAGAGCAAAUGCAAUACGAAGAGGAAGUGAAGAAAUAUCUACCCAAGGUCCUCAAGCUGUUCAAGGGAUGUUGUACAGUCAUGUAAGAGUAUAUUUUUGCAUAGAUUUGUUAGACACACAGUGUAUAUAUAGAAUAUGGCAGAUGUAUAUGCCGACCCAACUGUACCUUGGGAUUGAAUAUAAAAAAGUUGGCU